AUGGCCACCCAAGGGAAGGCCUCUGAUGAGAGGAUUUCCCAGUUUGAUUAUGCUUUGCUCCCAGAGCUGUCUGCUCUUCUGAGCCUAGAUGCGGUUCAAUUUGCAAAGCAAAUAGAAGAAGAUGAGCAGAAAGAACGAGAAAAAAUGCAGAAAGGCUUUAACUCACAAAUGCGCAGUGAAGCGAAAAGGUUGAAGACUUUUGUGACCUAUAAGCCGUAUAGCUCGUGGACACCGCAGGAGAUGGCAGCAGCUGGGUUUUAUUUCACUGGGGUGAAAUCUGGGAUUCAGUGCUUCUGCUGCAGCUUAAUUCUCUUUGGUACCAGCCUCAGGAGACUCCCCAUCGAAGACCACAAGAAGUUACAUCCCGAUUGCGAGUUCCUUUUGAACAAAGAUGUUGGUAACAUUGCCAAGUAUGAUAUAAGGGUAAAGAACCCAGAGGACAAGCUGAGAGCGGACAAAGUAAGGUACCAAGAAGAGGAGGCCAGACUUGAAUCCUUCCAGAACUGGCCAUUUUAUGCCCAAGGGAUAUCCCCACAGGCACUCUCAGCUGCUGGUUUUGUCUUUACAGGUAAAAGGGACACUGUGCAGUGUUUUUCCUGUGGCGGAUGUUUGGGAAAUUGGGAAGAAGGAGAUGAUCCUUGGAAGGAGCAUGCCAAGUGGUUCCCGAAAUGUGAAUUUCUUCAAAGUAAAAAAUCCUCAGAGGAAAUUGCCCAGUAUAUUCAAAGCUACGAGGGAUUUGUUGACGUGACGGGAGAACAUUUUGUGAAUUCCUGGGUCAAGAGAGAAUUACCUAUGGCGUCAGCUUAUUGCAAUGACAGCGUCUUUGCUCAUGAAGAACUACGGCUGGACUCUUUUAAGAACUGGCCCCAUGACUCACCUGUGGGAGUUACAGCUCUGGCCAAAGCAGGACUUUUCUACACAGGUGUAAAGGACAUCGUCCAGUGUUUUUCCUGUGGAGGAUGUUUGGAGAAGAUGAAGGAAGGUGAUGACCCAUUAGAAGAUCACACCAAAUAUUUUCCCAAUUGUCAAUUUCUCCAAAAUAUGAAGUCCUCUGCAGAAGUGAUUCCAGAUCUUCAGAACCAUGGUGAACUUUCUGAAUUAAGGGAAAGCACAAGUGAAAGCAAUCUUGAAGAUUCAGUAGCAGUUAGUUCUAUAGUGCCAGAGAUGGCAAAGGGUGAAGCCCAAUGGUUUCAAGAGGCAAAGAGUCUGAGUGAGCAACUGAGAGCAGCCUACACCAGUGCCAGUUUCCGCCACAUGUCCUUGCUUGAGAUCUCUUCCAGUCUAGCCACUGACCACCUGCUGGGCUGUGACCUCUCCAUCACUUCAAAGCACAACAGCAACCCCGUGCAAGAGCCCCUGGUGUUGCCUGAGGUCUUUGCCAGCUUGAACUCUGUCAUGUGUGUGGAGGGUGAAGCUGGUAGUGGAAAGACAGUUCUCCUGAAGAAAAUAGCUUUUCUGUGGGCAUCAGGAUGCUGUCCCUUGUUAAACAGGUUCCGGCUGGUCUUCUACCUCUCCCUUAGUUCUACCACACUGGACCAGGGACUGGCCAACAUCAUCUGUGACCAACUCCUAGAGAUGAGACGAUCUGUUACUGAAAUGUGCCUGAGGAAUAUCAUCCAGCAGUUGAAGAAUCAGGUGUUAUUCCUUUUGGAUGACUACAAAGAAAUGUGCUCAAUCCCCCAAGUCAUAGAAAAACUGAUUCAAAAAAACCACUCAUCACGGAACUGCUUAUUGAUUGCCGUCCGUACAAACCGGGCCAGGGACAUCCGCCGAUACCUAGAUACAAUUCUAGAGAUCAAAGCGUUUCCCUUCUACAAUACUAUCUAUAUAUUACGGAAACUCUUUUCACAUAAUAUGACCCGUCUGCAAAGCUUUAUGAUUCACUUUGGAAAGAACGAAAAUUUGCAGGGAAUUCAGAAAACCCCCCUCUUUGUGGCAGCAGUCUGUGCUAAUUGGUUUCAGAAUCCUUUUGACCAGCCCUUUGAUGAUGUGGCUGUUUUCAAGUCCUAUAUGGAAUGCCUUUUCAUAAGGCACAAAGCUACAGCUGAACUUCUCAAAGCAACUGUGUCCUCCUGUGGUGAGCUCGCCUUGAAAGGGCUUUUUUCAUCUUGCUUUGAGUUUAGUGCUGAUGACCUCACAAAAACAGGGGCUGAUGAAGAUGAAGAUCUAACCAUGUGCUUGAUGAGCAAAUUCACAGCCCAGAGACUGAGACCAGUCUAUCGGUUUUUACAUCCUGCAUUCCAAGAAUUUCUUGCUGGGAUGAGGCUGAUUGAACUCCUGGAUUCAGAUAGGCAGGAAGAUCAAGAUUUGGGACUUUAUUAUUUGAAACAAAUUAACUCAUCCUUAAUGGCUGUAAGUCUCUAUGACAAUUUUUUGAACUAUGUCUCCAUCCACCCUUCAACAAAGGCAGUGCCAAAAAUUGUGUCUCAUUUACUUCAUUUGGUGGAUAAUAAAGACUCAUUGGAGAAUGUAUCUGAAAAUGACUAUCCGAAGCACCAUCCAGAAAUUUCACUGAAGAUGCAAGUAUUCAGGGGACUUUGGCAAAUAUCUCCAGAAGCUUACUUUUCAUUUAUUUCAGAACAUUUACUGGCCCUUGCCCUAAAAAUUGCCUAUCAAAGCAACACUGUUUCUGCAUGUUCUCCAUUUAUUUUGCAAUUCCUUCAGGGAAGAACACUGACUUUGGAUGUACUUAAGUUACAGUACUUUUUUGACCACCCAGAAAGCCUGUUAUUGUUGACCAGCAUCCAGAUCUUCAUAAAAGGAAAGAGAAGUUCACCCAGGCCAGACUUCUCAGUCCUGGAAACAUGUAUUGACAAAUCACAGGCACCAACUAUAGAUCAGGACUAUGCUUCUGCUUUUGAACCUAUGUAUGAAUGGGAGCAAAAUUUAGCUGAAAAAGAGGAUAGCAUAAACAGCUUCCUGAAUAUCCAACAGAGGGCACCACCAGACAUCAGUACUGGCUACUGGAAACUUUCUCCAAAGCAGUACAAGAUUCCCCUUCUGGAAGUCCAUGUGGCUAAUACUGAUGCUAUAGACCAGGAGAUGCUCCGAGUUCUAAUGGCAGCUUUCUCAGCUUCACAGCAUAUCGAACUCCAUUUAAAGUACAGCAGGGGCUUUUUUGAAAGCAUCCGCCCAGCUGUUGAGCUGUGUAAGGCCUCGGUCACCAAGUGCUCCAUAGACAAAUGUGAGCUCAGUGCAGCAGAACAAGAAUUGCUUCUCACCCUGCCUUCCCUGGAAUCUCUUGAAGUCUCAAGGAUAAUCCAGUUACAAGACCAAAUCUUUCCUAAUUUGGACAAGUUCCUGUGCCUGAAAGAACUGUCUCUGAAUCUGGAUGAUACACUAAAUGUUUUUUCAGUCAUUCCUGAAGAAUUUCCAGACCUCCACCAUAUGGAGAAAUUAUCGAUCCAAACUUCAGCUGAGUAUGAUCUUUCCAAACUAGUCAAAUUGAUUCAGAACUCUCCUAACCUUCAAGUUUUCCACCUAAAAUGUAAUUUCAUUUCGGAUUUUGAGUCUCUCAUGACUGUACUUGCUUCCUGCAAGAAACUCAAAGAAAUUAAUUUUUCUGGAGCAUUUUUUAAAGCCAUCCCAUUCGUCAUCAUUUUGCCUAAUUUUACUUCUCUGAAGACACUAAAUCUUGCACAACAACAGUUUCCUGAUAAGGAAACAUCUGAAAAAUUUGCCUACACAUUAGGUUCUCUUAAUAACCUGGAAGAACUGAUCCUUCCUAUGGGGGACGGGAUUUAUCAAGUGGCCAAAGUGAUCAUCCAGCAGUGUCAGCAGCUUCAAUGUCUCCGAGUCCUCUCAUUUUGCCAGACUUUGAAUGAUGACAGCGUGAUGGAAAUCGCCAAGGUAGCAAUCAAUGGAGGUUUCCAGAAACUUGAGAACUUAAAUCUUUCAAUCAAUCACAAGAUUACAGAGGAAGGAUAUAGAAAUUUCUUUCAAGUACUGGACAACAUGCCAAACUUGCAAGAGUUGACUAUCUCCAGGCAUUUCACGAAUUGUAUCAAAGCUCAGGCCACAACAGUCAAGUCUUUGAGUCAGUGUGUGUCACGACUGCCACGCCUCACCAAACUGAACAUGUUAAGUUGGCUCUUAGAUGCAGAAGACAUCAAAUUGCUUAAUGUCAUGAAAGAAAGACAUCCUCAAUCUAAACACUUAACUAUUUUCUGGAAAUGGAUACUCCCAUUCUCUCCAAUCAUUCAGAAAUAA